AACAAACAUGUUUCAAAACAACAAUCACAGAGUAUUGAACACCUACAUUACUCUUUGAUCAUAGAUGUUGCAGGAGAAUCAGAUCAAAAUGUUCCAAGAGGUCAAAUUCUCAAUUUGAGUGCUGUCAAUGUUCAAGAUAAGACAGUCCAAUUCACAACUGGACAUCUCUCUUCGAUUAUCAAAUCUCCAUCUGACUAUAUUCCACUUGGAAAGAUUACAAACAACCUCAAUUAUCAUCCUCGUCAAUGGGCUUACCAACUAAGCGACGAUGUUCAAGAUUACUGGUAUCCAGAGUUCGUUGCUUCCAAGGGUUCGACCUGGAGCCACCAAUCCAAUUGUCAACAAUUCGCUCGUUUCCUGGUUACCAAGUUAAAGUUGGUAUGGCCUCCAGACAUACCUGUUGCAGGUGAUGGCAACCAAAUUGAGCCCAUCAUCGUUGACCCAGCC